CGAGAAAGCAGAUUUGACUGCAAAUAAUGUGCUGAAAUUAAAGGACGAGGAAAUAAUGAAAGUCCCCUUUAGUAAAGUUGAGGCCAAAUCAUUAAUAAAAACGGCAGUGAGAGAAUCAUGGCAGAAAAAGUGGGACACAGAUAGCAAAGGGAGACACUAUUAUAAUAUUCAGAAUUCGAUUACUGUCAAGGCUUUUAAAGGAAAAUGCAGAAGAGAAGAAGUGAUUAUAUCAAGAUUAAGACUUGGACAUACCAGCCUAAAAUCAACCCUGUUAUUAAUGGGAAAAUGCGUAUCAGGUAAAUGUGAUGCCUGUAAUGUUCCAGAAAAUGUGGUGUAAUCAUAAUGAGGUGUAAAAAAUAUAAUUCAGGAAGGAGCAACUUGGGAGAGAAGAUGACUUGGAACAGGAAUGGAGUUUGAAGGGGAUUUUGGGAAUGGUAUGAGAAAAUGUGGGAAUGUAGUAAGGCUCUCCUUCAUUUUCAUUUUAUUUUAUUUUUUCUAUUAGGCACAUGAAGCCCUGAAGCUGCACACCCCGCUAGGUGGCGGUAUGCACCUGAAAACCCAGCGAGAGAAGAAUCACAGCCAGAGCUCAGGUGUAUUGGUAUACAGGUGAGCGACUCGGUCAGACCGGAACAGCGCCGCAGUCACGUCUUUGAGAGAGACCUGUUUACACCGAGGAACCAAAACACUCCUGAACACUCUUUCUCUUUGUGGGCUGAGAAAGGUUAAAACAUGGCCUCAGGGUCAGACAGUCAGAGGGUCAUGGUGUUCCUCAUCCUGAUGUUCUGCUGUCUCGGGGUUUCUACUGCUGGGGUUUUUACUGCAUUUGUUGGACAGUGUGUAGAUCUGUGCUGUUUUGGGCCGCAGACCACCACCAUCUCUUGUUUCAGGGGUGUGGAAGAAAUUUGUGAAAUAACUGGCAGUACGUUGGAUAGGAAGUCGUCUUACACAGGAGAAGUUGUUCUCAAGAGCAACUGUCUACAGAUUUGCAACCUCACCGAGGAGUACAGUGUCUUCUACGAGUGUUCCCAACUGAUCGAGAAGAAAAAACCCCUCUGCAACCUUAGCCUCACAGUUUCCAAGCCUGACGUCUUUGCUACACCGUCUCUGAUCAGAGACACCGCCAGCAUUGAUAACACCAGCACCACCACCAACUCCACCCGGGGAGCUGAGGAUGAAGAAUGGAGUAAAAAGCCAGAGAUCAUCAUCAUCAUCAUCAUCAUCAUCGGUGUUGUGUUAUUUGCUGCUGUAGUCCUGAUUCCUGUGUUAUAUCUGAUGAGAAAACGUAUAAACCUGGGAUUUUGUCAUUCCUGGAGAUCAAAUGGAAAGUGUGAUUUACGUAAAGACAUUGAGUUGGAGGAAGGACUGAGAGAGAAUCCUGAGAACGGAAAUGACUUAAACAACAGCAUGCCCAGCACCCCUAUGUUGAAUCAGGGGCUUGGACAAGUAACCGUAACCCCAAGGAGUAACCAAAUUGAGGUGACUGAACAGCUGUGAUGGGCCGAAACCAAAAGUAUUUCAUCCGUGUGAAGGAGCAACACAAUGAUGAUUCUGUUUACGUUUCUGUAUGCUGUCUCUGGCUUCUGUAUAGUCUAGCACACACUCUAGCCCUGUUACCUGGGUAGUGUUCACAGCUCUAGGUUUGAGCCUAACCUACUGAAAGCUUACUGAAACAAGCGAAAGUGUUGGAAUUUGCUCAAAUUUGUCCUGAAAUGUGAAUCUGACUACAUUACUCUUCUUCAUGGCUGCAUGUCAUCGUUUUUGUUCCUCAUGUCUCCGGGUGUCUGCAGGUCCAUGACAGAGAAUGGCCUACUUAGCACAUCUUGGUACAUCCGCCACAACUUUGUAGUCUUUUAAAUUUUGCCUCCACCUUUGAAGAUAAAAUGAGGACGUGGUUUUCUACGUAUUAAAAGUGGGAAAUCUUGCCACAGAGCUUGUUGCGUCAUCGCUGUAAGAGUUUAGUAGGCAUGUUUACAACUGCUGUAUCAGUUGGAAAUUUUGGCCAGAGUGUCCCUGAUAAAAAGAAGAAGAUUUGUCCUAAGACAGUGUAAUUGUCUGUGCUCUCUGUUAUGCAGUUUAACAUCAGAGUAGGCUGCUAUGAGUUAUUACUCAAAAUACAUAACUGACACUUCUGGAAGCCCCACCCCUUUCUUCAUCCCAGCUGGGAUAUAUUUAAUGUACCCUAAGGAUACUUGCAGACACCCUGAUGUUCAUAAGCCAAAGAAACAUCUUUAAAAUAUAGUAAUAUAUUAAGUAUUAAAAUAUUUUUCUUACAACAUAUUUAUUUUUUAAUAUUUAAUGUAUAAUAUAUUUGAGACAGCUGGUGUUUCUAAAUAAAAGGCUGUAUAUUAA